CGACAACCCGCUACCGUCCAGUCAUCCACCCACAUUCAAACCUCCCCUCCGCUCGCCAUCGCCUCCUCUAUUCCUCGUGAUUAUCCAUCCCCCCAGAUCGCAACUCGCGAAUCCUCCUCCCCCGAACCCACCCCGAUUCGUUGGAACACCAAAUCGCCUCCGGAUUUUCCGCGCGGGCGAUGGCGGGCGCGGCGGCGGCGGCGGUCGAGAGGGCGCAUGAGCUCUACAGGGGCGGCCGCCACCGGGAGGCGCUGGAGCUCUACUCCGCGGCGCUGGCGGCGGCGCGGGGCCCCGCGCAGCGCAUCGCGCUCCACAGCAACCGCGCCGCCUGCUACCUCAAGCUCCAGGACUUCCACAAGGCCGCAGAAGAGUGCACAUCGGUCCUUGCGUUGGAUAGAGAGCAUGCUGGAGCUCUCAUGUUGCGUGCCCAGACUCUUGUCACUUUGAAAGAUUACCAGUCGGCUCUAUUUGAUGUGAAUAGACUGGUCGAAAUAAAUCCAUCAUCUGAAGUAUACCGAAAUCUUCAUGCACGGCUGAAAACACAGCUGUCACUGGCCCCAAUUCCUGAGUGCGAAGAAGAGUCCCUCUGUCUCGAAGAAGAUAAAGAAGAACUUCCUUCCAAAGGAGACCAGAAGAUUGAGACUUCUGUCACUAAGCCUGACCAACCUGCAGCUAAACCGAUUCUCGAGAACAAACCUUCAAAUGGACCGAUUCUCGAAAGAAAACCUGCGACUGAACCUCAAAAGGUUGAGGUUUCUUCCAUUCUGUCUUCAAACCCACAGGGUUGGGAGGCCAUCCCAAAACCAAAGGGUCAUUCAGGCCUUGAUUACUCGAAAUGGGACAUGGUUGAAGAUGAUUCGAGCGAAGAUGAAGAGGACGAGCUGCCUCAGUAUAAGUUUAAAGUCAAAACUGUUGGUGUGCGGUCUGUAAAGUGAACAAUAAGUUCAAAACGUGGUCUGUGUAUAGUCUGACAGGAUCCCUACUAACCGAGGUGCCACUUAUUCAUAUUUAGUUGAAUUAUUUCGGAUGAACUAUUGUUUAUUGGUUGUUUGCAUUGGUCGGAAGUCAGUGUAUAAUAACAGAACCAGCCAGCAUUGUCUCGCAAGUAAGUUCAAGUUUCAGGAUCUGAAAUGUUAUUGUGAUAAUAAUCCUCAAGUCAAAGCAGUGGCAGAUCCAACGCGCUAGGGGGCACCUCCAUUGGAAAGUAGUGGUGGAAGAGGAGAGAUGAGAAGAUGAAGAGGCGAGGGAUUGGAAAGUAGGGGUGGAGGAGAGGGGAGAAGAUGAAGAGGAGGGAUAUGAUGGCAACGUCGCUGCUGUACAAAGAACAAGCUAACACUCAGCAGUCUACUGCAGGGCUGGACCUUAGUCUCGUCGAACUUGUGCACUUUAUGGAUUCGAUUGUAUGGACUUUUUAUUUGUGCGAGGAAAAGCUUAUAUGAACCUUGGUGCCAUGCCAAAUCUUGUCAUCAUUUUCAAAUAACCAAAUAUGAUAAAGUUACCAUAGUAAGUGUU